AUGGCACCGCAAAAACAGCCCGAACGUCUCAAGCACGUCGCCGAGAAGGCGACAUCCAACAACCCCUCCCAAUUAGGUGACCCGGUCUCGCUCAAGGCCGAGGUUUCCAAGCUGGUGCCGACCGAAGGCGAACAAGGAGCCAAGACGAGCGGAUCACAGGGUCCGAAAGGCAGCGGGGCCGCUGGUGCAAAGAACUCGGACGGAUCGCCGGUCCAGGACCGGGAGAAGAAGAGGUUGAAGGAGGUCGCCGAGGAGAAUAAUGAGGCUGGGAACCCGUCGCAGUUGGGAGAUCCGAUCAGCCUCAAGGCGGAGACGAGUAGCACGGAGCCUACGGGCAAGGCGGACGGGCAGAGGAGGGAGAAGUCGAAGCUUUGA